AUGCCUGAUAUGGCCCCCUUAUUCUCUUUGUUUGCAAUCAUUCCUGUGAUGCUUGGUGGGUUCUACUUUUAUGCUCAUCAACGCACCUUUGGACAUUUGGACAUCUCUACAUCUUCAGUUGCAUAUAACCGCACUCGCUAUCAUGACCUGCUUGACUGGACAAAGUACGCGCUUACUAUCGAAGGCGAACCUACGCAAAUUCACUCGGGCGAGUUCCACUACUGGCGUGUGCCUGACAAGGAACGUUGGUCUUCUAUUUUGAAGCAAUACCGUGCAGCAGGCUUCAAUACAAUUCGCAUAUACUUUCAUUGGGGCUAUCACUCACCUGCAGAAGGCGUCUACAACUUUGACGGCAACAGAGACAUUGAAUACCUCUUGAACCUGUGCGAAGAACUCAACUUGUUUGUAUUAGCUGCACCAGGACCUUACAUUUGUGCCGAAACGCAAGCUGGUGGAUAUCCUGGAUGGCUAGUUGCUAAGCGUGAUCUCAAUAUACGUCAUAACUAUAUUAUGCUUUGGCGCGUGUACGACCAAAAGUUUGCAGACUACGAAAUUCAAUGGUUGAACCAAAUUUUGCCCAUCAUUGCAAGACACCAAAUCACAGAGAACAAGGCGGACAAGAAGGGAUGUGUGUUGGGCUUGCAAAUCGAUAAUGAGCUCUUUGAAACGAUGGCCAAUAUGCUGCCUGUUGGUUUGCAUGAUCAAAUGCGAGUGUUGGCAAAGGCUGCAAGAGAUGCUGGUAUCACUGUUCCCUUGUUUUCAAACGACGGCUUUGAAGAGGGUGGAUGGGUGCCUCGUCCUGAACUGGAUGGCCAAAAGAAGAAGAAGUUUUGGAGCAGAGAUAAAUUUGGAUUGGAUCUGUAUGGAUUUGACAAAUAUGUCAUUUUUGCACCUUCUAGUUCGCCCAAGUCUUGGCUGAUUGACAGUGGUGUUUCCGUUGCUUCCUGGGACGAUUGGAAUCCAAAGAACAUGGAACACUCAAUGGACAAGCUGGAGAAGACAGUGCGCAAAUUUGGAGGAGGCGCAAAGGAAUCACCCAUGUUUAUCCCUGAACUGCAAGGUGGCUGGUUCAACCAUUAUCAGCUUCAACACACGUACGAUCACAUUUACGACUAUUAUGGAGAUGAAUACACAAAGCUGUUGGUGGAAACCUCCUUAGCACAAGGUGUUACCAUGGCGAGUGUCUAUAUGAUCUAUGGUGGUACCAACUGGGGCACAUUGGGCGAUCCAGAUGUCUAUACUUCCUAUGAUUACUCUGCUUGUAUACGUGAAUUUGGUAUGCUCUCCUCCAGAGGCAGAAACUUGCGCAAAACCAUCCUCCUCACUCGCUCUUUCGAUCCCUACUUUACAAAGACAGAGCGUGUCGAGAAACCCAACAUCAAGACAUCCAUUCCUCAUACCCUGAAUCUCCAGCGCUCCUCUGUUGGCAGUGACCAAGAUGUCGUGUUUACCUUUUUCAGAAACUUUGAUCGUCAAAAGCGCGAAACGUUUGAUGUCACUGUGGAGGAGGCAGCUGGUAUCUUUUCUAUGGGAUGCUACUUGCCUUACAAGACUUCGUUUAUCGCUGUUGGCAACUAUACUGCACAAAACGACUUGCACUUGAUCCUGUCUACGAUCCCUAUUUUGACUCGUAUUGUGGACAAGGAGACCAAGCAGGAGAUUUGGAUUGUAGAGCCCAACAUUGUGGGUGCCAUGGCCUUUACCAACAAGGAGGUCAAGGUCACUGGUAACAUGCAAGACGAUGCUUUGCGCACAGAGGGCCCAGCAGUGAUUCUCACAUUCGAAAAGGACCAUGGAUGGACAAAGAUUGAAACCUCAACAGGCAGUUUAUACAUUGUUGGUCUGACCAGAAAGGAUGCUGGUACUCUGUUUGCUGAAUUUGAGGAGCCUUAUUGGAAUCAGGGCGUCAAGAAGUAUCCUGCUUUUGCCGCUUGGGGUGCUGACAACUUUUACUAUGACAAGAAGACUCAAAAGUUGGAUGUCAAUCACAGACGCUCUGAAACUGCUGCUCACAUUGUGUCCUUUGGUGACGUUGCUGAUUCGCAUGCAACAAUGGCUACUGAUGAAUAUGAUAUUCCUAUGAUCAAGUAUGUUGAAUUCCACAACAAGCCUGUCAAGCCUGUCUCCAUUGAACCCACUCACUGGGAACAGCGUUCUGUCGAUUUCCAAAACUUGCCCUGGGAGAAUUUGAAGAGCUUCAAGCAGAAUACAAGUGCUACAUUCAAUGCCAUUGAUUACCAUUACACUAGUGGCCAUGUGUUGUAUCGUGCCGUGUUCAAGACCCCUGACAGCGAGCGCCCUCAUGUGAGCUUGUCAUUGAAUGCUCGUAACCGUGCCACUGUUUUGGUCAAUGGCCAUGUUGUUGGUGGACAUACUACCUAUUCUCGUCAGCUGUUCAUGCCAGGCGCCAAGAUUGGUCCAGAUCCAUUCUUCUUGGGCAAGCACAAGUAUGAUUUGACUCCUUACCUCUCUCAUUCCGAUUCCCUCGAGAACCAAGUCGUGGUGCUUGUUGAGAGCUUUGGUCUGAAUCGCCAAGCAUUCAUCAUGAACGAUAUCCGCAAUCCUCGUGGCAUUGUCACUACUGAUAUCUCUGGCCUCAAGGAGAAACCUGAAUGGGAGAUUACUGGCGUCGAUGUGCGCACCUUGUCCAACCCCUAUAGUUCGACUGGUUUCCCUGAUGAGAAUGCUGGAGGCUACAAGAAAUACAAGCAAAUUGACAUGACCGACAAGGAAAGCGCCAGUAUCCCUAUUUCUGUGAAUCAAGGCGUUCAGUGGUUCCGCUUCCGUUUUGACAACGAGCUCAAGAAGUCCAUCGCCUCGUACAAUGUGCCUCUGCGUCUUCAUUUGGACGGUGAAUGGACUGCCAUGGUCUUUGUCAAUGGUGUCUUUAUCGCUCGAUAUUACGGUAAUGGAGACGGGCCUCAGCACGAUUUCUAUCUUCCCGAUGACUUGAUCCAAGCCAAGAACAAUGAAGUCAAGAUUCUCGCUUACACUUGGAAGGACACAACAGGCAAACUUUCCAUUGCAGGCUGGCCAGUCCUUGCUGACAGUGGCAACUUGAUUACCCAUCAAACAGACGAAAAGCCAGCUGAAUAUCUCAUUUUCAAGGAUCACGUCAGAUUGUAG